UAUAAGUUGCUACCGGGCACAGCUCUGCUUUAUGCAUAGCAGCAAGCGGAAGACCCCUCCGCAACGUUACACACAUCAACCACAAACAGCUUCUUGCUUCUUUUUUCGUAAGUAUUAUAGUAGACAUCAUCAUUUUAAAUAAUAGCACCAUGGCAGCAGCAACAGCAACCACCGCAACCACGACGUUCAUCCAAGAGUACGCCCACAAGCUGACGGACGCCGAGACGCGUUGGGCGCUGGAAAUCAAACAAGCGGUCGAAGCUCGAUCGGAUGAAAUAAAGGCAUUGAGCGACUACGAAUACGCGCAAUACGCCUUGGUAAGCCGCGGCGAUGUGACGGAUGCUCUGCGUCGCAUUCAAGGAUUACAAGAAUUUCGAGACGAAUACAAAAUUGACGAUACGUUGGAACAGGGAAUGGACUUGUUGCGCAAAUUCACGAUUCAGCAACCGUGGUUUGUUUUGGAUGUAGAAUACGAAGCGCCGCUGGGCCACUUUGUCUGUGUCUAUGACUACGGCGUCCUCGAUCCGUCCAAGGUGGAUUUUCCAGAAGAUUGGAGAAUCUACCUCGGUGGUCUCUAUUAUAUUUUUCAAAUCUUGCAGUCCAAUUUGGGUGCCGUACGAGAAGGUAUUGUCCACAUUGUCGAGUGCGAAGGAAUGAAUUGGAGAAACUUUUGCGUCGAAUUUGCACGACGCAACUGGUAUCACAUGAUUGAGUAUUAUCCUCAUCGGAACAAGGAAGUCUCCUGGUUGCACACGUCCGUCAUUGCCAACAUGAUGCAUGCACAGUACAAGAGUAUGAUGGGACAGGAAGCCAGUAUCAUUCGUGUGGGAUGUCAGUAUGAAGGGUAUGAUGGAAGACUCGAUGAAGUAUUCAAAAUGCCGCAUCCCACAGUGGCCGAAGCGAGACUGCUGGCGCGAUAUGAAACCUUUUUAAUCACACGGUUUCACAAUCAACAAUCGUUUCAGUUGCCAGCAUCCAUUCCGGAGACUGACGACGACGAAGACAGUGAUGACGAUACUAAUAGUGACAAUGAGAGCGAGGGAGACGAGGAAAAUCACUAAGCUGUCCUGGCUCCAGUGGAAAGACAGCGCCACGUUACACCUGGCAUCGGUAAGGAUGUUCCAUUCUACAGAUGCGGGAGGAAACAUGGCAGGCGCACGUACCGUAUCAUCCUUGAUGUCAAGGGGAUUACUAAUACCGUACCGUAGAGCGAAACGUCACCGUGCGGUACCAAAAUUUUGAGCCAUAUCCCACACAAGACAAGACUGCGCCAACUGUGCGUGAAUCUCCGGAUCGGAACCGAAACAAGGUGCUCAGCAGCUCAAGCAAAUCAGGGGUAGAACAUGCAAACUGUCGCUUCACGUGUCGACACCAGACACGAAAACUUCCGUCACACAUCCAACAAUAAUAUAUUGUAAUUGAGCAGUCACACCAGUAGAUA